UUCCACAGCCAAUGACAAGUCACCAUCUGUAAACAUGGCGUUUGACUUCAGGUGGAGAUGUGUAACGCUAGUGCUCUUGUGCACAUAUUUAUUUUGUAUAUCAGCUAGUGACACAGCCAAAGAAAAGCCAAAGAAAAAGAAGGACAUCCGAGACUAUAACGAUGUAGAUAUGGCCCGGCUGCUGGAACAAUGGGAGGAGGAUGAUGACAUUGAGGAAGGGGACCUCCCAGAGCACAAGAGAUCUCCUCCCCCUAUCGAUUUUGCCAAGGUUGACCCCUCCAAGCCGGAAGAGCUGCUCAAGAUGUCCAAGAAGGGGAAGACUCUCAUGGUGUUUGCUACGGUGUCAGGAGAUCCCCUUGAGAAAGAGACAGAAGAGAUCACAGGCCUGUGGCAGGGAAGUCUCUUCAACGCCAACUUUGAUAUUCAGAGGUUCGUAGUGGGCUCCAACAGGGUGAUCUUCAUGCUGCGGGACGGCAGUGUGGCCUGGGAGGUCAAAGACUUCCUUGUGAGCCAGGAGCGCUGCAUGGAUGUUACCGUGGAGGGACAGGUCUUUCCCGGCAAGGCUGCCGAGAAGCAUGAUGCCAAAUACAAGCACCAGAAUGGAGUCAGCACCAAGAAGAAGCCCAAGAAGAAGACUGAGACCAAGCCCAACUUAGAGGGGAACAGUGCCAGGCCUCUGAAACAGGACCUCUGAUGGGAAGGAAAAGAGAGAGGUCUUUUUCUUUCUGGCCUUAGACAUGCAUAUUGUGACAAGCAGUCUGUCAGCAAAAACCUCUUGAGGGACUGCACGACCACCAUGUGAAGCUGCAGUGGAGUGAGUGGACUGAAAUGUCCUGAUGAGCACAGUAGGCGGAGACUCUCCUCCACUUCUCCCUCAUUAUGUUGUAGAAUUGAACAAGCUCUUUCAAAUCGGUUGUAAAUCAAUGCUGUUUCUUUACAUAUUUUGUUUUGAUUAAAUAUCUUCAUGAUAGGUACUUCACAUGAGGGCCAUUCUACAGCUCCUCAAAAGUGUUAUGAUGUGUUUGAUCAAUGCAGCAGCAUUUCCAAUUGUAUUCUAAAGUAGCACCUACAUUUUCUGUUUGAUUUUUUUCACUGAAUAUGAAAAUAAAACACUUUCACUACA